AUUUGCGUAGACUACGCUUACGCGGUUAUAGCCAAAUUUACAACAGCGCGCCAGUCGUUCUUCCUUUUCGCUGUUUGGCGCCAAUUGGAGAUUCCAAGUGAAGUCAGCUCUUUUCCCACCUGGUCUUCUCAACGGAGUGGAGGUUUGCUUCCACCGGCGGAUACUGCGUCGAAUACUCUCAGAGCUGGUUAUCGGUUAGACGAGUACUAUAGGUGAGAAAUUUUACUGAAGGUCACUAAAACUUCCGCCUUUCCCUAAUUAUGAGUCAGAAUUUACAUUUCUAAAAUAAAAAUAAAAAUAAUCCCUCCAUUCACUUUUUGGCGCGUAGUCAGCUGUUCGUGCUGUGAACACCACUGUAGCAGUAAACAAAGAUGCGCGUAACGGCGAUAACGAUAAAUAAUUCACACGCCACUUUUAUUCUUUAAUAUUCAUUAUUAAACACAUCAAUGAUCAAAACAAACUGCAAUAAAUGAAGAUGUGUGAUAUCGCAGCUGACUGUGGGGGCAAAGAAGCGGAGACGACUAGCGGCAACAAAGCCGUUGGCGAGGACGUCCAGAAUGUAAUAGUGCAACCCAUAAAAAAACAACAACAAAAUGGCAGUCACACUAUGUAAUUACCAUAAUGAAUUUUCGCAAAACAUAAAACCGGUUUUGACCAUAGUUUUGUUGUUGCGUUGUUGGUUCUUAAAUUAACUUUUGCUACUGACUUCCCCCAAACGCAUACGACAGCGAUGCGCCGCAGCGCAGUAUGACAUUUACCAGCGACGAGACAGCUAUCGCCAAUAAACUACAUCCGCGUUCGUAUAAAUUUCCAACACGCACGCUUCAAAACUAUUUCCCCAAUUCGUUUUCAUUAAUCAAAAAACGUCAUGCAAAUGAAGUGCCAAAACGUAACGCGACGCCGCCGUCGGCAUGAAGAAGUGUCAACAGCAACAGCCGUCCAACGAUCACUGCCAACAUUUAUAGCCACUGCCGCCGCCACCACAACCACCGCCUGUUGCUGCAUUUGGCUGUUGCUUGUGCACGCACCCGCCCCCACCCAGACGCGUCGUCUGCAACGCUGCGAACUCGCCGGCCAAUUGUACAUAUUGGAUGUGCCGAAAUCGGAGCUGUCGCUGUGGCUGUGCAUUGCCCAUUACGAGAGUCGCUAUAACACGCAUGUCGUGGGCAAUCGCAAUGCGGACGGCUCCAGCGACUAUGGUCUGUUUCAGAUCAGCAGUCGCUAUUGGUGUCAACCGGACAAUGGCACCAAAUAUUACGCGUUCAAUGAGUGCAAUGUCAAAUGUAGCGCUUUGCUGCUCGAUGACAUAACCGAGGCGGUGGACUGCGCCAGGACUAUACAGCGGCGUCAGGGUUGGAGCGCUUGGAGCGUAUACUCGGUGUACUGUAAUCGUACGCUCAACGAAGUGGAUGACUGUUUUGAAAGCGUUUCCGAAGAAGUGCAUGUGGACAGCAAGAUUGAGAAAUGA